GGGUUAAGUGCGCCCCGGUAUCCGCCCAUAUUCGUGUUAAAAGGAGGCCAGACUGGAGUAGCUAGGCCAGACGCUGGAUCAAAUGGAAAGUUCGACCGAUUAAUUUCCCCAUUUUUUGCUGGUUCCCUUUUGCUUUAGACACGAGGGUGACCUUUUUUACAUGCCGGUUGCUCUUGGUCGACCAGGAAAUGCAGAGAUCGUGUGAGAGCGGUGGAAUAUCAGCUUGACUUGUUUAGACGCGGAACUCCUCCACUUGCUAAAAGGUGAACAAUGACGGAAUAUAAGCUGGUUGUGGUGGGAGCUGGUGGCGUUGGCAAGAGUGCGCUUACCAUCCAGCUCAUCCAGAAUCAUUUUGUGGAUGAAUAUGACCCCACCAUUGAGGAUUCUUACAGGAAGCAGGUGGUGAUAGAUGGGGAGACAUGCCUACUGGAUAUCCUCGACACUGCAGGUCAGGAGGAGUACAGCGCCAUGAGGGAUCAGUAUAUGAGGACAGGCGAGGGUUUCCUCUGCGUGUUCGCCAUCAACAACACCAAGUCUUUUGAGGAUAUUCACCACUAUAGAGAACAGAUAAAGCGGGUGAAGGACUCUGAGGAUGUUCCCAUGGUGUUGGUUGGAAAUAAGUGUGACCUCCCGUCCAGGACAGUGGACACCAAGCAGGCUCAGGACUUAGCUCGCAGUUAUGGCAUUCCCUUUAUUGAGACCUCAGCCAAAACCAGACAGAGAGUGGAAGAUGCCUUUUACACUCUGGUACGGGAGAUCAGGCUGUACCGGCUCAAUAAACUCAGCAAGGAAGAAAAGACGCCGCGCUGUGUCAAGCUUAAAAAGUGUGUUGUGAUGUGAAAGGGGGAGUCGACGAUGCCUUUUACACAUUAGUUCGAGAAAUACGGAAGCAUAAGGAGAAGAUGAGCAAGGAGGGCAAAAAGAAGAAAAAGAAGUCCAAGACAAAGUGUACACUCAUGUGAAUAAUCACCUCUUUUUUUCCAGACAGACUUAAAAAUAUGUUGAACAGUUCAAGUAAUAAAUUUGUACAUUACACUAAAUUAUUAGCCCACCACCUCACUGAAUACUAAAUCUGACCCCAGCUUUCUCUGCCUUUGUUUGCUACCGAUAAGCUUCAUUUUAGUGCCAGUUGCUCAAUUCAAAAGCCUUUUUUUAUUUUAUUUUAUAGGAGUUUACCGAUGUAGGUUUUUCUACAACUGCCUCAAUUUUGACCAUUUUUCCAUUCACACUUAAUUUGCCUGCAAAACUUGCCGUAAUGUCAUUUUGUUAAAAAAAAAAAAUGGGAUGCCAAAGAAUCUUCAUCCCACGAGUGACUCAAAAAGCCAGUUAAGAUCCAAAUUUCUCCAUCCACUGUGUGAUGUCUCCAUGUGUGCAGACAAUAGAUAUUACACUGAUAUAAGUAUGCAUGCAAACCUUUAACCUCUGGAUUAGAUAUUUUAAUUUUUAAUGCUUUUAAUUGUGUGGGGAGUGAUUUUCUUUUUUUUUUUUUUUGCGCCUAAAUGACUGUUUUAGUACCAUUUGUAUCCCACAUGUCAAAAGUAUUACAAGCUACCAUAGUUAUUAAC